AUGCCAACACGAAGGGAUCCCGGGGAAAGUUCUAGCUCCAAUCCCGUGGAAAAGGAUCAAGAGCAAGUUGAGGAAGAUAUCUUAUUGCGUGAUUUGGUCCCACCAAAAGAGGGACAAGCGAGGGGGACCGUUGACCCACCUUUACAGAUAAAUAAGGAGCAGUUGAGGUUAGCCGUUCAGGAGGGCGGUCCAGAUCCGCUUGUUGCGGAUAGUUUCAUGGAUAGAGUGGAGAAACAUAUUAAUGCCAUGAAUUUGGCAACGGAUAAGUUGAAGAUUACAUUGGCUACUUACAAUUUUGUGGGAGAUGCUGAGAUUUGGUGGAAGACCGUUUCUCACACCCAUAAUCUGGAUACUAUGACAUAUGCUACUUUCAAGAAGUUAUACUAUGAGAAGUACUUUCCGGCGCCUAAGCGGAGGGAACUAAAGAAGGAGUUUGAUGGGUUAAAGCAAGGAAGCAUAACAGUUACAGAGUAUGAGAAUAAGUUUACAUCGCUUUUGAGGUUUGCACCGCGGAUUGCUAAUGAUGAGGAAGGAAAGAUAGAGAAGUUUGUUGAUGGUCUUAAUCUCACCAUCAGGCCAAUUGUAGCUGCCUCAGAACUGACAGAGUAUGCAAAAGCAGUACGAAAGGCCUUAGUAGUUGAGGCUGAAAGCAAGGAUAGUAAGGCUAUCUGGGAAUCAUACAAGCACAACAGGGGUAUGAGUGUUUUCUCCGAAGGUCAAUCAAGUAAGAAGCAGAAGCAUGAGUAG